AUGAGCUUUGCUGUGGUGAAAUUCAUCAGUGAAAACAGUGACACUGAUGAAGAGAUUGUGUCUGAGAUUCCAAUUUCAUGGUUGACAAAAAAUAAUACAUUCUGCAAGUGGCCACCAGAAAAAUAUUGCUCUCUAUAUAUAUCACGAAGUUUUCCUCCUGAAGAAAAUUGGAUAGAAUAUCCUGUUGCAGUUGAAUAUAUAUGUGAUACAUUAACAGAGGCCAAGCAAAAGGCUAAGGGUAAUAUUGAGGUGGAAGAUGUUGGUAGGGGCUGUAGAACCAUCAAACCCCUAGAAUAUUUCAGCCCAGCUGAAGAAGAAGAAAAAGCUAGGGGGCAAAGAAAAAAGGAAGGAAAGACAGUUAGCAAAAAAGAUAACCCUAAUAGCACUGAGAGGAAUUACCAUGCCGAUUUUAUGACUUUCUUGAAUCGAGAGGCAAAUUCUGAAGAAACUAACCCCAUUAUUAAUGAAGACAGUGGAAGUGAUUCACUUUCUGAACAAGAUCAAACUUCCAAUUUGGACUUGCAGCCAGCAGUUGCCAUCAAUAAUAUACAACUCAAGAGUAUAGAGGGUACUGGUUCUUUAAUAUCAGGCCAUUCAUCACCCACUACUUCAACAGUAAAAGAUGACCAAAUGAAAAAGUUUGACGAAAAACUCGAUUCAAUCUGUAAUUUUCUGGCAACUCUGAAAUUAGACCUUGAGGAAAUAAAGGAAAAAAUGGAUACAAUGACGCCUCAACAAAAAUUUGAAAUAGAAAAAUUCCCAUUCCAACCUCCAUUCAAGUCCCUUACUGAGAUCGAAGAACUGGAACAAUAUCUUUCUAUUGAAGAACAGAGGAAAUGUUAUAUACAAUUCCUGAGAAAUAUUGGAGGAAAUGACCAUAAGGAUUAUACAACUAGGAUUUGCAAGUCAUUACUAACCAAUACUGUAGCAGAACUUUGCUCCUGGCUGGGAAGGAAGAAUAACUUUGCUGUAGGUCACCUACAGUGUACUAAUCUAGCAUUUGGUGUCGUACAUCAUAAAACAAGGUGCUCACGCAAAGAAUUUGAGACCGUUUUUUCAGAAUGGCUACGACAUGCCAAGCAGAGAAGGCUCAGGGAGAAGAACUAA